AUGGUGGCCAGCGGGCGCGCGGCGGCUCCAGGCGGGAGCGGCCGCGGCCGGGCCUGGGCCGGGCGGCAGGGCUGGGGUGGGGGCGGGGGUGCGGGCGAGGGUCCCGGCUGGGGCCGGGGCGAGGAGCGGGGUCCGAGCGCCGGAGACCUGGCGGAGAGCGCGCCGCGCCGCGCGGCACCGGAGCUCUGGGCGUGCGCGCUGCCUUCUGGAGAGGAGGGCGCCCUGCUCCGCUUUUAUUUCUCCAUGGCGGACCACGUUGAGAACAACAACAGCCUGGGCCGGGGCCAGCGCCAACUUGUGCUUCUUGGAGCACCUUCCGCGGCCGCUGGCUCCUUGGCCCGCGCCUCCCUGGCGCCGCCGCGGCCGCAGCCGUGCGCCCUGGACUGGGCUCGAGCUCCCGGUGCGGCCGAGAGGCGUCCCGCGUCCCGGACGGGCGCGGCGAGGGGGCACAGAGAGGCGCGCCCCUGGGCUGCGGGAGUGCGGAGCAGGGGGGCGUCCCGUUUGGGAGCGAAUAGCGCGGGUCCCGGAAGAGGCACCAAGGCCCCGAGCCUUGGCGGCGGUAGCCGAGAGUGCGCCCCGAGCACUCGAGCCCCGCCGUGGCCCGGGACCCCCGGGCCUGCCCGCGGGACGAGCUUUAACUCGUCCGAACUAACACAGGGCGCGCCCUCAUGCGGUCGGCCCCCGCAACGUCGAGAGUGCAAGGACGGCUGCGCGGGGGGCUCCCCCAAGACGAGUGGAGCGGUUGGGGGGCGCCGGCCCUCGGCUUGCGUGUCUGGGAUCAUGGGCCUGGGGACCUGGCACACAGAGCCUCUCCGGGGACAUUGAUGGCCGCUCCCUGAUGCUCCAAGUACCCCCAUUUUGUGAUGCGUAAAGAGUCGCUUCUAAUCCCCCUAAAGCCAAAUGGAGGUUCCAGGGUGGGAGCGUUUGGGCGGGGACUUGCUCUUAGUUGCUGGCCCUGCUCCACACCCACCCCAAGGCGCCGGUGACGUGCUACCGGGGCUGCUGGCUCCAGUGCUGGGUGUGCAGAGGUGAUAGGCCAAAGAAGCCUGCCCUGGGGGAAGCUGAGACCAAGGCAUGAUGCUCGGGGGGAAAUGGUUUUCGGGUGGGGACCCUGAAGGUGGGAGUCUUUGCGGAUGGGUCAGGAGUUUGAGCCAGGGAAGAGCUGAGAGUCCCAGCACAAUAGCUACAAGGAGAGAAGGUAGAUUGCGGCCCAAGACCCUGCAAAGGUCAAACACUCCCCGCAGAAAGAAGGGCCAAUGAGUGGACCACCUGCUAAGGCCGGAGAAGAAAACCUUGAGGGUCCCGGUCCUCAGCCACAGUAAUUAAAGUGAAGCAGAACUUCCUAUCAGGAGUUCAAGUGCUAUGGAGCCAAGGCCCUCAGAGCUGAAAGGGCCUUCCGGAGACUGCACAGCUUGACACAGACUCUUCGGGAAAUGCAGUGUUUCCAGGCCAGGCAUCAUGAAAGGUGCCCCUGUUCCAAAGAGGCAGCAAGAUGGAGGCAGACCUCGGUAACAGUGCCAUUCCAGGCUGAGCCCAGAGAGAAGCCAGGUAUGGCUGUGGCCUGGAAGCUGAAGAGGACAGAGUUUCAAGAACCAAGAACUGAUUAUUCACAGUCCACCCCUCACAAGGUGGACCCUGGCAGUGAAGCAGGUCCUGCAGAGCUGGGGAGACCUACCACGGGCUCCCAGCUUCCAGGGGUCACUCAUUGCCCUGAGACGCUCCCAACUCUUGACACUCCACUUUAUGAAACCUAAAUGACAGGAUUAAAACACACACGAUUCAAGGAAAAUGCAGCCCACAUUUUAGGUUUCCCCCAAAACAUCUGAAAAUUUACUGGGGGGGGGAGCACAAGAGGACAGGGCCUGAGUAACACCCUCCAGGGCGAGCAAGGCAGUGCAGGAGGUGGUUUGGGGGAGGUUCUUCUGGGGGAGGCCUGGCCAUAACUGGAGUAUGGAACACCAGUGGAGCAGGGGGUAGUGCUGGCAGGCAUUGUGACCAGGUCACGGAGGACACAGAAGAUGCAGCUCAGAGUUGACACCAACCUUGGUGGGCAAGUGGGCUUCAGGCUGCUGCCUGGCCUGUGAGUGGACCAGGGCUCAGGACAGCUGUAACU